GGCGGUGGCGGCGCUGCCCGCGCUCGCCGCGAGGCCGUUGGGACUCGUUCGCUGGCGGCUCCGCCAUGUCGCUGCCGCCGGAGAAAGCCUCGGAGCUGAAGCAGAUCAUCCACCAGCAGCUGCUCAAGAUGGAUGUCCAUGGGAGGAUACGAGAAGUUCUUGCUGAGACUAUACGGGAAGAGCUGGCACCUGAGCAUCAGCAGCUGUCCACAGAAGAUCUGAUAAGAGCCCUGAGACAGCGGGGAAUCAUUGAUGAUGUUAUGAAGGAACUUAAAUUUGUAGCUGAUGUGAAUGAAAUGGAGAGGACUUCAGCUCCAAAACCAUCAACACAUUUUGUUGACAGAGAGCCACCAGUUUUGAAAAAAACUAACAUUGACCCAACACGGAGGUAUCUUUACCUUCAGGUUUUGGGUGGAAAAGCCUUUCUGGAGCAUCUUCAGGAACCAGAGCCUCUGCCUGGCCAGAUCUGUUCUACCUUCACUCUGUGUUUACAUUUUCGAAACCAGCGCUUCCGUUCCAAGCCUGUACCCUGUGCUUGUGAGCCAGAUUUUCAGGAUGGUUUUCUACUUGAAAUACACAAGGAUAGCCUAGGUGACGGAAGCAAGAUGGUGGAUGCAACCACUAUGUUAUCUAUAUGUGACCCAGUGCAUAUGGUUCUGAUCAAAACAGACACAUUUGGUGAGACCACACUGGUAGCAUCCUAUUUCUUGGAGUGGAGGUCUGUCUUGGCUGCAGAGAGUGGCAUAACAAAUGUUGCUGUGGAACUCUUGGGUGUAGGUACAGAAUCAAAGGUUUCUGUUGGUGUUUUAAACAUCAGACUGGAAAUGUAUCCACCACUUAAUAAGACACUUUCUUCAGAAAUAACUAGUACUCAAUUCACUUUGGAACGUCAGAAGACAGCAGAAAAAGAACGUUUAUUUCUUGUGUAUGCUAAGCAGUGGUGGAGAGAGUACCUACAGAUCAGGCCUACCCACAAUGCAAGGCUGGUAAAGAUCUUUGCACAGGACGAGAACGGGGUGAACCGGCCGGUGUGCUCGUUCGUGCGGCCCCUGCGGGCCGGGCGGCUGCUGGACACGCCGCGGCAGGCAGCGCGCUUCGUCAGCGUCCUGGGCCACGAGAGAGCGCCCGUCAUCGGCGGCGGCGGCGGCAAGCAGGAGCAGUGGUGCACGCUGCUCGCCUUCCUGGGCAGGAACAAGGGUGACUGUGAAGACCAUGCUAAUCUUCUGUGCAGUCUUCUUCUUGGGUUUGGAUUGGAAGCCUUUGUGUGUGUUGGCACAAAAGCAAAAGGAGUCCCCCAUACUUGGGUAAUGACUUGUGGAUCUGAUGGAACAAUUACUUUUUGGGAGAGCUUAACAGGACAUAGGUACAUCCACAGACCUAUCAACCCUGAUGACCCUCCCCUGGCUGAGCAGCCCAAGCCACUGUAUCCGUACCGCACAAUCGGUUGUAUCUUCAACCAUGAGAAGUUCUUUGGAAAUUGUCAACCCUCUGAUGCUGUGGAGUAGAUGCUGCUGUAACAAGCAACGAGAUGGAAGUGCAGCUGAGGAUCCUGGUCUCUGAACACAGAAAGGAUCUUGGCUUUUCAACUGUUUGGGAUGACCAGCUGUCCUAUCUG